GAGAACCGACGGUCAGGGAAAUGCUGGGCUCGCUUUCUGUGGUUUCUUCGUGCCUUUCGCCUACGCUCCGCGCAAACAGAAUUUUCCCAAAAUGCAGUAUUUAUCACUUCAGGAUAAAGAAAACCCGUCAAUAAAAGCCUGGGUAAACUGGUACUUUUUAUGUUGUUCACUCUCUCGUGUGCAAACACAUCCUCGUGGAUCGUAGGAACUUCAGAGAAGGAUAUAUUUCUAAUCAGUUGUAUGUAAUGCUUCUAGCAAGAUAACUGUGAAUAACUUCUGACUGGAUUUUUGAGUAAUGGCAAAGUAUAAGAAAUGCAGACGAAAACAGAGAGCCCGAGCAAAAUUUCUACUGGGAAAAAAAGGAGAUGCUGCAAACCUCCAGGGCUCGGGUUGUCCUCCUCCAUGGUCAGCAGGUGAUCUUCCUCUGAACACGUCACCUGUCCCAAGCCAUCUGUCCUCACUCUGGUCAUUAGCCUUGCCCAGUAUAAAAAAUGUGGUAAAACCCUUUACGACAGCAGCAUCAUUUUUGUAUUGUUGGUGCCAGAACACGGUUGCACAGAGUUUUAAGGUGGUUAAAGACACCGUAUUUCCAUCACAAAUCUACUUAAGGGAGCUAAAUACGUUCAGAGAGCAGCUGGAAAAGUUGGAAACUGAAUUUUCCAGACUACAGGGAAUACUCCAGAUGAAUGGAAUGGCAGCCUUGUCUUCAGAAAAUUCUCUUUGUCAAAGGUGUAAUAAACCAGUUCUAGGUGCUCCUGUACAAGUGCAGAUGGGCCCGCAGUCAUCAGUAUGUGGGCCUUCCACAACACAGCUGCAGCCUGUAUCUGCAUCCCCUCCACCUCUUCCUCCGCCACCACCACCACCACCACCACUGCCCCCACCAAAACUGCCUCCAGCACCUCUCCCCCUCAAACGGGGCAAUGGCUCUAAAGCACUUCUGGCACCAUCAAUGAAAAAUGAUGGGCCGAUGCAGAUCACUCUCAAAGACCUCCUGAAUGUUAAACUGAAGAAGACGAACAGCAACCUGAGAAUGGACAAGGCAGAAUCACCAGUGAAGACACGCAGGGCAUUAAUUACAGUCUCAGAUUUACAGAGUGUUAGUCUGAGACCUAAAUCCAAGCCAUCAGCUCACGUUACAAACUCCUUAAUUACCCCUCUUAAAAAUCAGUUAGAUCUUCGAAAACAUCUGAAGAAAGUCAAUAUACAAAGAAGUCCCGGUGGCACUCCACUAAAUAGUAAAGAAAACAUUGAAUGCGGGUCUGGGUUGACACCAAUUAUGACACAGGCACUACGGCGCAAGUUUCAGAUGGCUCAUCCAAAGAGUCCCUCGCCUGCCCGGUUAAGUGCGGCCAACAGCUUUGAUGAACAAAAGUAGGUUUAUGGAACAAAGUAUUUUUCAUUUGUGGUCAGGAAGCCACUUGAAUCCCAUUUUUAUCUCACUCAGGCAUAUGCAUUUGUAAGUAAAUCCGGUGCAUGUGAGAACAGGGAAUUAAGAAAUCCCGUUAGCAGAUUUCUGCUUUUAAAGGCAGCGUCUUUCUAAUGUGUCUCAAUCUGGUUGCAUCUUCUCUGUUAAUGGAGGAAAAAAAAAAAAACAACAAACAAACAUGAAAUUUUAUGACUCUCUUGCUACCUGGCUGCUGCUGAAGCGGGGACUGUGAUGCUCCCAGCACUGCUGCUGCUUGUAAUAUAAAUGUGUGUGUCUGCUGAAAUUCAGUAGUGUUUUUACAUUUAUUUUUUUUUUAACAAAAGAGGUCUUGAGGGUAAUUAUACUGGCUCAAAGAAAAGCAGCAGUUUAGCAGUCUAAUGUCACCGAAGUGAAAGGCUGCAAGUUUCCACAACAAUUCCAUCGCGUGGCUAAGAACCUAUGAAGCAACUGCAAUCUGCAUCGCUUUUGGCUGGCGUCGGAUCACCCGUGGUGUGAGAAGACUGCGCCGCGUAAAGGCAAGUGACCGAAAGCCUCCUCCGAAGUCAAGUUCACCAACAGCUUCCGCGGCGGUUGGGGGACG